GAGCAGAGCGAUUGCAGGAGGCUAAGAACGAAGACAGUGUUCUAGCGCUGCCAGAGCAAUGACUCCUGCCUGUGGAAGAAGGUGUUGUACAUGUGAUAUCAUCUUCAAGCAAUGUCAGUGAUGCUUUUGGUCUGUCUUUUCUUUCUUUCUUUUUUUCUAGUGCCAAAUGCUUCAUUUAGUUCAGUUGCACUCAAAAACCGUAAUUAAAUAUGCUGAAUCUGCCUGAAGUCUUAGCUACUAGUUUUGCUAAUGCCUUCAGACAGAUGCUGAAUCGUCUGCAAGAUGAUUGCUGCUGUGUCGAGCUCCGCAGCUCUCAAGAAUGAUGUCUCUUAGGACAAGGAAGUUGUUUGUAGGGCAGACACUGCCUUGAUACCAAAUAAGCCAUAUUAAAAUUCUCUUCACCCUGUGCAAAUGAUCAUUUCUUCUGGAAAAUGGUCUAAAAUGGUCUAAAAUGGUCUAUGUUUGCUUCUUGACAUGUGCAGGGUUUUUUUUUUGUUUGUCUGUUUGUUUUAAACUCUGCAGCUUUGCUAUUCGGUUUCAACCCACCCUCCCUUUCACCGGACGGGGACGGGUUUUCCAAGCCCGGGUCAGGCUUGGCUGCAGGUCCCAGCACAGAUGCCAGGGGAACCACUGGAAUUCUUAAGACAGUUCCUAAACAAGUAGGAACAGAGUUGUUGUACCACACCGAGGAUGCUGCCAGUCCUCCAGAGAGCUGUAUGAAGGGCAGUGCUCCUCCAUCUUUACUGCCUGCUUGUUUAAAGGAUAUUUCUUUCUCCACCUCCAGUGUAAGGGUAUCAUCGCGUGCAAGUGCUUCUCUGGGACCGAUUUCCUGCUGGAAGUAGCUGCAGACUCAGCACCUGCUGUCCACAUUGCUGGCGCGGGGCGAUCGGCGCCUUUGGGGCACGGUGGGGUGGGCGCUGCCCCGGCGCUUCCGCACCGAGCUGCAGGAUGUGGCCAGGCUGUGACACAGCUCUGGGUAACCAGAGUUCCUUGCUCAGACAUCCCUCCUCAUCCCCCUUGCUACUUCCUCUCACCGAGUCUGCGGUGCGAUCAGAGGCUUCUCAAGGUCGCAUUUUCUGGAGGUUUUCUUCUUUUUCUUCUUUUUUUUUUUUUGACUCCGGUGCGGUAGCUGGUAGGGUCACAGCAGCAGCCGUUCCGGCAGCACUUUUUGCAGAGAGCCCGUGGCGUCAGCGUGGGCGCCGUCACGCUCACUCGACGCAGGGUGAAUCUCGCUGAACCGCAAGAAAAUAUUUUCCGUUUGUCUCAGUGCGUGUCGUGGCUGUGGUCACGGCCUGCGUCGCAGCCAGAGCUUGGAUCUCUGUGCAGAAAAGUUGGCUCAGCCCCUUCCUGCAGGAGAAGAAGGGCUAGGGAAAGGCAAGUGUGUUCUUACGGGGCAAGCUGGGGUGGUUUGGGUUUUCUUCCUUACUGUCAUUAAAUAAGAGAACAAGAGGCCUUGGUUUAAGUCCUUUAAUCUCUCUCCAAAGAAGAAAUGCUGAUAAGCACGAUGCAGCAUCUGUUAAAGAUGGGCUGAAUUGCAGAAAGGUCGUCUUGACUCGAAUUUGAAAUUUUUCUUGCCAGAGUUUGGGGGUGUUAUUUACCUAUUUAAACAACACUACAGCUAAGGAGAUUUUCUGCUUGGUGGAAGGGGCUUGUUUGCUUGUUUUCUUAGAAAAUUAUGGAAACUGUUACUUGCUGCAUUCUGUAGUGCAUCAGCUUGAGUUUCUGUUGCUUUAUUUGUUUCUCUGUCCAACACAUGUAAAACAAUAUUUUUGGUACAAUUUUCUGCCUUGAGCUUCCAUCAAAGAGCCGCUUGACACAAAUUAUAUGAAGGGAUGGAUGUGGGAACAAAGGAGGUAUAAUUAGCUACAGAUAAACAGAGCUGUGUUUCUUGUCAGCAUCCUUUCAAGAUCUUAACUCGUGUCUCAGCCUCUCAGAGCCAAUUCGUUUUCAUAGACUGGAAGAGGAAGACAAGCUUUCCUGGUCCUGGAGCUUUCAACCGGGCUUCACCAUGGAGUGAGCUCAGCUGAAAGGAGGAACGCAGUUGUGCUCUCUGCACCUGCAGAAGAGGCUGUGGCUGUUUUUGAAGCUGGUGCUGUUUCGGGAUACUGAGUUUAUGGGUGCCUGAGCUGCGUCGACUUCUCAUUCCCCUCAGCCCGUUCUCAUCCUGUCCUUAGUGCUACGACAGCACACGCAGCUCCUGGUCAGACUGGUAUUUUGUUAGAAUAUGUCCGGCAGCAGAGCUGGGCUCUACUGUAGGAUGUCAUAAAGUUACCUUUGGAGUAGGUUUGUGUGCAAAGAGGGGGGAGAAAAGCAUAGGUGAAGGAUCUGAUUCAAGUGAAGCCUAACUCAACGUUUGACCCUUCUUAAACCUUUGCUACUUUCCACCUGAAUAGCUGGCGCUGGAGUUUCUCCUCCUUUCGGAGGGAUUUGGGUCUCGCUGUGCUGGUGUCGUGAUCUCCUGCGCUGGCCCCGUCCCUCCCUGCUGUCUCGUUCUCAUCGCACCCUUUUCCUGGGGGCCUUUCUGGCUCCCCUGUCGCUGUGCUGAGCACACAGGGGGGCUCGCGGGGGCUCCUGGCCCAGCCCAGCUCGCCCCCAAUGGCCGGACUGUUCCUCUGCUCCGGGCUCUCCUGGGAGGAGAGAAAAGAAAAGAAAAGCUGGCGCCGGCUGCCCCUGCUCUGCUCAGAUCGGGGGCGAGGGCCCAAAUGGUAUCCCAGAUCUCUUCCUAUGGGAUUUAGACCAGGUUUCCUGUUGAGAGAGCUGCUCCUAAUCGCUGCCCUUCUGUGCUGCGUUGCAGAUCAGGACCAGAUGAGCAGAAGGAGGUUUCUGUGAAGAUCAGAGUCCUCGCUGCCCUGCCCCAGGAAGUGGCCCAGCAGCUCUGUGUCUGCAGCUGUCGUCGCUACGGGCCUGGAAAAAAAAGAAGAAGAGAAGAAAGAUGUCCCAUGCUUUAAAGCAAGUGUUCAAUAAAGACAAAACCUUCCGGCCCAAGCGCAAGUUUGAGCCGGGGACUCAGCGGUUCGAGCUGCACAAGAAAGCCCAAGCCUCGCUCAACGCUGGCCUGGACUUGAAGGUGGCCGUCCAGCUGCCGCCGGGAGAGGAGCAGAACGACUGGGUGGCAGUGCACGUGGUGGACUUCUUCAACCGCAUCAACCUGAUCUACGGCACCAUCAGUGACUAUUGCACGGAGCAGUCCUGCCCUGUCAUGUCCGGGGGGCCCAAGUACGAGUACAGAUGGCAGGACGAGCACAAGUACCGCAAGCCCACGGCCCUGUCCGCUCCCCAGUACAUGAACCUGCUGAUGGACUGGAUCGAGGUACAGAUCAACAACGAGGACAUCUUUCCCACUAACGUUGGUACUCCCUUCCCCAAGAACUUCCUCCCGGUGGUGAAGAAGAUUCUCUCCAGGCUCUUCCGAGUCUUUGUCCAUGUCUACAUCCACCACUUCGACAGGAUCACCCAGAUGGGGUCAGAAGCCCACGUGAACACCUGCUACAAGCACUUUUACUACUUUGUGAAAGAGUUCAACCUAAUAGACACCAAGGAGCUGGAACCGCUGAAGGAAAUGACCUCCCGGAUGUGCCACUGAGAUCAGACCGUCCUGCUCUCACCUCGGCAUCUCUUCCGAGGACACAGAGUCCCACUCCUGCAUUGGAGACAUGAAUCAAGGGGAGAACAGAGACGUUUUCUUAAAGAAAUCUAUAUAUUUUUAAUGAGUUUCAAUGUAAAACUGUGAUAUUGCAGGAAUAUUUUUUUAAAGAUGCUCUAGAUAAACUAGUUUUUUUUAUAGUAAUUUCUAUAAAAAAAAAAAAAGUAUUUUUGGCCACUUGGUGGGAACGCUCGUCCCCUGAGGAGGGAGGAGCCAGCCUGUGCUGCCUCUCCUCUGCCCCCUCACUGCGGUGGCACCAGGAGCCGAGCCAGGUGCGCCAGGUAGAGCCAUGCCGUGGAGCUGGCGCUAUGAUGGAAGCGGUACGUCCCUCCGGACCCCCACCCCCUAAAUGUGAAGGGAGGUUACGUGUGGGCAUUGGGGAAGAAGUGCUGGUGCACACGGAUUCACUGGGGCACCGCAAGGAGCUGUCUGGUUCCAGCACCUCUUCCGCUGGCUGUGCGGUCAGUUUUUGGACAGAGCUGCUUUUGUGCUCACCCUGCACUUGGCAUCCUGUCCCCAAGGCCUGCCCUUCCUUUCUUUCUCUGUGAAAGAAGUCAGACUUGGGUUUCUUUCAUGGCCAGACCAGAGCUGCUGCUGCUGAUGAUCUAUCCUGCAGCUGUGCUGCGCUGGAGCGCUCCUGUUGUGAAUCUGCUCUUGCCUCUUGCACCAGCGCUGAGCUGAGCUGCUCCCGCUGCACCGCCCCCACGGGGACAGGCUCGGCGCUGGCAGCACUGGGACAAGCGGACCCGCACCUGGUGGGAAUGAGUAGAGGGAAGGUGCUGGGACCAGCAUGGGGAGGUUGGCUUUUCAAACACCUGCGCUUCCCUUUCUCUUCGUGGUACGCAGACCCUACUGAGGAACCGGGCUGCUUGCUCUCCAGCCUUGCUUACAGGCUCUGUGUGGACCACUUUCUGCUUCCCGUUAGGGUACUAAACCUUUUCUCUUCCUUAGCAGCGCUUCCCUGCUCUGCCACACGCGUCGCCUCUUAACCAAAGUGUCUGGUGGGCAGCCAGAGCCAGGGGCCUUACCUCCUGCUUGCACAAGAGCUCUGCUGCCUGGCCAGAGCCUGGCAGUCCCCCCAGGUAGGUAGGUCAGGCUACCUAGGAGCGGGGGGAGAGCGGGGAGCAGGGUUUACAGGGAGAGAAAAGGUUUUUGUGAACAGUGACCAAACUACCACUAACCACUUCUUCAUUAGAAAGUUUUUUUUGUGUCCUGGAAUCUCUGUAUAUACAUGACUCUUGUUUCUUGUGCUAUCGUUAGGACACGCGUACAAAUACCACUAUAGUUCUCUGACAUGGAACCAAUAAAUUAUGCUGUAUUUACAUAGCA